GUCAACUUAAUUCGUUCACGCCAAGCAUUGGCUUGCCUCCUUCGGUAUGGAUGCACAUAGUUAGCUGAGCCAAAGAAAUCAUUUCCUUUGUUGCUCCUCUACAAUUUCCUGCUAGUGCACUUGUCCGAGCUAUUCUCCCCACCCCUCCAAACACACCAAGACACCCACAAGACAUACGGGGAGGAUAGGAAUAACUGGAGGCCAUCAAUGGCACCUGUCGUGAGCGCUUCACUCGGCGCGUUAGCUCCCCUGCUGGUGAAGCUCACCACCUUGCUCGCCAACGAGUGCGGUCGUCUGAAAGGGGUCCGCCGUGAGAUCCGCUCUCUCAAAUCGGAGCUCACCAGCAUGCAUGGUGCGCUGACAGAGUACACCAAGCUAGAAGAUCCAAAUGAUCAAGUGAAGGCGUGGAUAUUGCUGGUUAGGGAGUUGGCUUACGACACCGAAGAUGUCUUUGACAAGUUCAUCCACCAGCUUGGCAACGGGAGCCACCAGGGCGGUUUUAAGGAGUUCUUCCGCAAGGCCGCCCGUAGUCUGAAGACUCUUGGUUCUCGCCGCAAAAUUGCCAACCAAAUUACUGAGUUGAAGGUUCGCAUCAAGCAAGUGAAAGAGCUCAAGGAUAGUUACAAGUUGAAUGAUACUUCUUCUAGCACCGCCGGUCAAGUUGCUGUGGAUCCCCGGCUCCAGGCACUUUUUGCUGAGGAGACACACCUUGUGGGCGUGGAUGGUCCAAGAGAUGAUCUUGUCAAGUGGAUGGUGAAAGAAGGAAACAACCCAUCCAAUGAUUUGAUGGUGGAAGAAAGCAAGCCUAAACCUUGCAAGGUGUUGUCUAUUGUUGGGUUUGGUGGAUUGGGUAAGACAACACUCGCAAAUGAGGUCUAUCGCAAUGUUCAAGGGUAUUUUCAUUGCAAGGCUUUUGUAUCAGUGUCACAAAAACCAGAUAUUAAAAAAAUUAUGAAGGAUGUGAUUUCUCAGGUGUCUUGCAAAGAUGGGUCCACAAAAGAUACUGACUAUUGGGAUGAAAAGAAGUAUAUCGCCAAGUUAAGAGAAAUGUUGCAAGAUAAAAGGUAUCUCAUCAUCAUUGAUGAUGUAUGGUCUACACAAGUCUGGAAUACUAUCAAGUGUGCUUUUCCAGAAAAUAAUUGUUCUAGCAGAAUUAUAGCUACGACACGCAUCAUCGAUGUGGCAAAGUCUUGUUGUUUGAGUGAAGAUGACCGCAUGUAUGAAAUGGAACCUCUAAGUGAUCUUCAGUCUAAACUAUUGUUUUUCAGAAGAAUAUUUGGCUCUAAUAAGGAUUGUCCUCAUACUUUGAACAAAGUUUCAAAUGAUAUCCUGAAGAAGUGUGGAGGCUUACCACUGGCGAUUAUAAGUAUAUCUAGUUUGUUGGCGAACAGACCAGAAACGAAAGAUGAAUGGGAGAAGGUUAAAAGGUCAAUUGGUUCUACACUAGAAAAUAACCAGAGUCUAGAGGGAAUGACUAGCAUACUAUCACUAAGUUAUAAUGAUCUUCCACCUAAUCUGAAGACAUGCUUUUUGUAUUUAAGUGUAUUCCCUGAGGAUUAUGUGAUUGAGAGAAAUAGAUUAGUGAUGCGAUGGAUCGCCGAAGGCUUUAUAUCUGAAGAACGUGGACAGAGCCAGCAAGAGGUCGCUGAGAACUACUUUUAUGAGCUUAUCAACAAAAGCAUGGUGCAGCCAGUGGGUAUUGGCUAUGAUGGUAAGGUUCAAGCCUGUAGAGUGCAUGACAUGAUGCUGGAAAUUAUUAUAUCAAAAUCAGCUGAAGAUAAUUUUACCACUAUAGUGGGUGGAGGACAGACGAGUUUGGUAAAUCGUCAGGGCAUUAUUCGACGGCUAUCAAUCCAACACAUUGACCAGGAACUUGCAUUUGCAUUGGCCAAUGAAGAUCUAAGCCAUGUUCGAUCUCUAACAGUAACGUCAUUAGGUUGCAUGAAAAAUAUUCCUCAACUCGCUGAAUUUGAAGCUUUACGUGUAUUGGACUUUGAAGGGUGUCAGGGUUUGGAAGAAUAUGAAAUGAAAAAUAUUGAUAGAUUUUUCCAACUAAAGUAUCUCAGCCUCAGGGACACAGAUAUAUCAGAGCUACCUUCAGGGAUUGUGAUGCUACAUGAUCUAGAGACCCUAGAUGUCAGGAGUUUGAAAAUAGAAGAGCUGCCAUCUGCAAUUGUGUUGCUCACUAAACUGCAAUAUCUAUUCACGGAAAAAUCUUGUAAGCUUCCUAACAGGAUUGGAAAUAUGAAGAAUUUACGAGGGAUCCAUUGUUUCGAUAUUACAGAGAGUUCAACUGCUGCCAUGGAGGAUCUCGGAAACCUGACUAGAUUGAACACACUCAGUUUACGGUGGGAUAAUGAAGAUAAUCACAAGAGGGAUGAAGAGAUUAUACUCAGCUCACUGUGCAAGCUUAGCAGCUGUAAACUGCACUCUCUACAUAUAGUGGGUCUUGGUUGCAUGGACUUCAUAGAUUCUUGGUCCCCUCCGUUAUCUUGCCUUCGCAUAUUUGAGGCGGAUGGCGAUACAUAUUUUUGGAAUGUUCCAAAGUGGAUUUCCCCAGGACUUACAAGCCUUACUCAUUUGAGCAUCAAUUUAGCUGAAUUUAUGGAGGAGGAUCUGCACACUCUUGGUAAUCUCCCAUCCUUAGUUAUCCUAAACUUGCGCUUGGAUGUGGGACCCGACACAAGGCUUACCGUAAUUGGAUUCCCAUGUCUGAAGAAGUUUGAACUCCAUAGACAGUAUGGGGCAUAUGUAACGUUCCAGAAAGGGGCUAUGCCCAAACUUGAGAUGCUUGAGGUGUCAUUUGAUGUGUCUGUGGCUGAAACUCAUGGCUUCUAUUUAGGCAUAGAACAUCUUCCAUGUCUCAAAGUAAUAAAGCUGGACUUGAAGCAAGGUGACAACCUUUUGAGAUAUCUGGCUGCAGCGGUUGUGAUCAAUGAAGUACGUGCUCAUUCCAACCGUCCUAAAUUUGCUUACAGGGUGGGUCCAGGUGAAUAUGUCAACUUUGGCACUAACAGUGACGAGGAAAAGAGCCAACUGCCAUGGAGGAGGGGAAGUGUUGAGAGUCUUGAGACCGAUGGUGGCGAGAAAAACCAACUGCAAAUGAAAAGCAAAUAUAAAGCUCCCAUCAUUCUGGAUGAAGUGGUCCUGACCUGCGCGAGGAUGGUUUGCAGCUGGUUAGAUGACUAGCUGGGAAUCGCUGUCAUACUGGAAGAGGCCUGAAGCUAUCUCUAGCACUUCAAGACUAGAAGAUGGAAAACGGAAGCUGAAACAGGGUCACCGCCAAAAAGAGUGUGGCCUCAGUUGCUACCAUCUACAUGCAUUGCGUUUGAUUGUAUUUCUUGUUUUAUUACUCGAGAGUCAAGACUUUCACUUCAGCGGACUGUAUUUUCAUUGAAAAGCUUGAAUCUUGUUUCAGGUUGUUCACCCUUGUAAUCUCUAUUUGAAUUCUGAAUUAUUUC